AAGCGAGGGAAGAAGGUGGCAGCUCCCACUCGGUUCUCCCUCGGGUCGGGUCCGAGCUGCCGGGCCGCAUGCCACUCCCCGACGGGGCGCGUAGCCCAGGGGGCGUCUACCGGGAGGCGCGCGGCGGGGGCUACACCAACCGGACCUUCGAGUUCGACGACGGCCGAUGCGCCACCAGGGUCCAGGUGGAGUUCUACGUCAACGAGAACACCUUCAAGGAGCGGCUCAAGCUGUUCUUCAUCAAAAACCAAAGAUCGAGCCUAAGGAUCCGGCUGUUCAACUUCUCCCUGAAGCUCCUCACCUGCCUGCUCUACAUCGUGCGCGUCCUGCUCGACGACCCGGCCCUGGGCAUCGGAUGCUGGGGCUGCCCAAAGCAGAACUACUCCUUCAAUGACUCGUCCUCCGAGAUCAACUGGGCUCCCAUUCUAUGGGUGGAGAGAAAGAUGACACUGUGGGCAAUCCAGGUCAUCGUGGCCAUAAUAAGCUUCCUGGAGACAAUGCUUCUCAUCUACCUCAGCUACAAAGGCAACAUCUGGGAGCAAAUCUUCCGCGUGUCCUUCGUCCUGGAGAUGAUCAACACUCUGCCCUUCAUCAUCACGAUCUUCUGGCCGCCGCUGCGGAACCUGUUCAUCCCCGUCUUUCUGAACUGCUGGCUGGCCAAGCACGCGCUGGAAAACAUGAUUAACGACUUCCACCGUGCCAUCCUGCGGACGCAGUCGGCCAUGUUCAACCAGGUCCUCAUCCUCUUCUGCACCCUGCUGUGCCUCGUUUUCACGGGGCUGCCCCUAACUGCCUGGGGUUGCAGGACCUGUGGCAUCCAGCACCUGGAGCGGGCGGGCGAGAACCUGUCCCUCCUGACCUCCUUCUACUUCUGCAUCGUCACCUUCUCCACCGUGGGCUACGGCGAUGUCACGCCCAAGAUCUGGCCAUCGCAGCUGCUGGUGGUCAUCAUGAUCUGCGUGGCCCUCGUGGUGCUCCCACUGCAGUUCGAGGAGCUCGUCUACCUCUGGAUGGAGCGGCAGAAGUCGGGGGGCAACUACAGCCGCCACCGCGCACAGACGGAGAAGCACGUGGUCCUGUGCGUCAGCUCCCUCAAGAUCGACCUCCUCAUGGACUUCCUGAACGAGUUCUACGCCCACCCCCGGCUCCAGGACUAUUACGUGGUCAUCCUGUGCCCCACGGAGAUGGAUGUCCAGGUACGCAGAGUCCUGCAGAUCCCUCUGUGGUCCCAGCGGGUCAUCUACCUCCAGGGCUCUGCGCUCAAAGACCAGGACCUCAUGCGAGCCAAGAUGGACAAUGGGGAGGCCUGCUUCAUUCUCAGCAGCAGGAACGAGGUGGACCGCACGGCCGCGGACCACCAGACCAUCCUGCGUGCCUGGGCCGUGAAGGACUUCGCCCCCAACUGCCCCCUCUACGUCCAGAUCCUCAAACCUGAAAACAAGUUUCACGUCAAGUUUGCCGACCACGUGGUAUGUGAGGAGGAGUGCAAGUAUGCCAUGCUGGCGCUGAACUGCAUCUGCCCGGCCACCUCCACCCUCAUCACCCUGCUGGUGCACACGUCCCGCGGCCAGGAGGGACAGGAGUCCCCGGAGCAGUGGCAGCGCAUGUACGGACGCUGCUCAGGCAAUGAGGUGUACCACAUCCGCAUGGGUGACAGCAAGUUCUUCCGCGAGUACGAGGGCAAGAGCUUCACCUACGCGGCCUUCCACGCCCACAAGAAGUACGGCGUGUGCCUCAUCGGGCUGAAGCGAGAGGACAACAAGAGCAUCCUGCUAAACCCGGGGCCCCGGCACAUCCUGGCUGCCUCGGACACCUGCUUCUACAUCAACAUCACCAAGGAGGAGAACUCAGCCUUCAUCUUCAAGCAGGAGGAGAAGCGGAAGAAGAGGGCCUUCUCGGGGCAGGGGCUGCACGAGGGUCCAGCCCGCCUGCCUGUGCACAGCAUCAUCGCCUCCAUGGGGACGGUGGCCAUGGACCUGCAGGGCACGGAGCACCGGCCCACGCAAAGCAGUGGGGGGGGCGGGGGCAACAAGCUGGCACUGCCCACAGAGAACGGCUCGGGCAGCCGGCGGCCCAGCAUCGCGCCCGUCCUGGAGCUGGCCGACAGCUCGGCCCUGCUGCCCUGCGACCUGCUGAGCGACCAAUCAGAGGACGAGGUGACGCCGUCGGACGACGAGGGGCUCUCGGUGGUAGAGUACGUGAAGGGCUACCCUCCCAACUCGCCCUACAUCGGCAGCUCCCCAACCCUGUGCCACCUCCUGCCUGUGAAGGCCCCCUUCUGCUGCCUGCGGCUGGACAAGGGCUGCAAGCACAACAGCUAUGAAGAUGCCAAGGCCUACGGGUUCAAGAACAAGCUGAUCAUCGUCUCGGCAGAGACGGCCGGCAACGGGCUGUACAACUUCAUCGUGCCGCUGCGGGCCUACUACCGAUCCCGCAAGGAGUUAAACCCCAUUGUGCUGCUGCUGGACAACAAGCCCGACCACCACUUCCUGGAAGCUAUCUGCUGCUUCCCCAUGGUCUACUACAUGGAGGGCUCCGUGGACAACCUGGACAGCCUGCUGCAGUGCGGAAUCAUCUAUGCGGACAACCUGGUGGUGGUGGACAAGGAGAGCACCAUGAGCGCUGAGGAGGACUACAUGGCGGACGCCAAGACCAUCGUCAACGUGCAGACCAUGUUCCGGCUCUUCCCCAGCCUCAGCAUCACCACGGAGCUCACCCACCCUUCCAACAUGCGCUUCAUGCAGUUCCGCGCCAAGGACAGCUACUCUCUGGCUCUUUCCAAACUAGAAAAGAGGGAGCGAGAGAACGGCUCCAACCUGGCCUUCAUGUUCCGCCUGCCCUUUGCCGCCGGCCGCGUCUUCAGCAUCAGCAUGUUGGACACGCUGCUCUACCAGUCCUUUGUGAAGGACUACAUGAUCACCAUCACCCGGCUGCUGCUGGGCCUGGACACCACGCCGGGCUCGGGGUACCUCUGUGCCAUGAAAAUCACCGAGGGCGACCUGUGGAUCCGCACGUACGGCCGCCUCUUCCAGAAGCUCUGCUCCUCCAGCGCCGAGAUCCCCAUCGGCAUCUACCGGACAGAGAGCCACGUCUUCUCCACCUCGGAGCCGCACGACCUCAGAGCCCAGUCCCAGAUCUCGGUGAACAUGGAGGACUGUGAGGACACACGGGAAGCGAGGGGGCCCUGGGGCUCGCGCGCCGGCACUGGAGGCAGCUCCCACGGCCGACACACGGGCGGCAGUGACCCCGCGGAGCACCGGCUGCUGCGGCAUAAGAGUCUGCAGUGGGCCCGAAGGCUGAGCCGCAAGGGACCCAAGCAGGCAGGCCGGGCGGCGGCCGCGGAGUGGAUCAGCCAGCAGCGCCUCAGCUUGUACCGGCGCUCUGAGCGCCAGGAGCUCUCCGAGCUGGUGAAGAACCGCAUGAAACACCUGGGCCUGCCCACCACCGGCUACGAGGACGUAGCAAAUUUAACAGCCAGUGAUGUCAUGAAUCGGGUAAACCUGGGAUAUUUGCAAGACGAGAUGAACGACCAUCAGAACACCCUCUCCUACGUCCUCAUCAACCCUCCGCCCGACACAAGGCUGGAGCCCAGCGACAUUGUCUAUCUCAUCCGCUCUGACCCCCUGGCUCACGUGGCCAGCAGCUCCGAGAGCCGGAAGAGCAGCUGCAGCCACAAGCUAUCGUCCUGCAACCCCGAGACUCGCGACGAGACGCAGCUCUGAGCCAGCCCUGCACGGAGCUCGGGCCACCAAGCCCAGAGCUUGGUGGGUCCUCAGGAAGGACGUGGAGGAGCGUGUGAGGACACAGUGGCACUAGCGUGACCCUGGGGAUGCCACACUCUGCUCACCGUGGCUCCUGGGACUCCACCCUGGAAAGGAGCGCCUCAUGCGGGGGGAGGGCCAGCUCGCCCUCGGGUACCUGCAGGCUAGUGAGGAGAGUUUUUUAACCUAUUUUUACAGACCGAUGCAGUCCACGUCUCUUUACACAGAUGUACCGUAACUCGUGACCAGGGCUGGCUGGGAGGGCAACGCGGGGACCAGAC